AUGCUCGCAGCAGCAGUACGCGCUCCUCAACAUGUUUCAUCCACACCUCAACCACCCCCGCCUCUUCCAUCAAAGCACCCAGCGCCGAAGAAACGUAGUCAUCUUACACCCUCUCCUCGCCCUGCAGUUUCACGCCGGCGUCAAGCAACACCGAAUCUCCCUCCCACAUUCGGUCAGAACCAGCUCCUACCCGUAUCCAAUUCUACGCGCGCACUGCUCGAAAGUGUAGUGGCCGACUUCGAUGCCCCUAUACGCUACGCAUUUGCUUACGGCUCCGGAGUGUUCGAGCAGGACGGGUACACUCCGGAUGAGAAGGGUCCGAUGUUAGACUUCAUGUUCGCCGUGACGCAUCCCGACCACUUUCACUCGAUCAAUAUGCACCAGCAUCCAAGCCACUACGCUAUGCACGCAAGGAUGUUCGGGAGUGACUUCGUAACGAGAGUUCAGGCUGUAAAGCCCGGCGUGUGGUUCAACGCGUUCGUCAAGACGAAAGGUGUGACCAUUAAAUACGGAGUCGUCAGCGUUGACGACCUCUGCUCGGACUUGCUCAACUGGAACUCCCUUUAUCUUGCCGGCCGCAUGCAUAAACCACUCCGGAUCAUCAAGGAUGACGCGCGCGUCCGUCUCACACAACAAGUCAAUCUCACCUCCGCCGCACGUGCUGCCCUUCUCACCCUCCCAUCUUCUUUCUCUGAAACCGAACUAUUCGAGACGAUCGCUGGAAUCUCAUACGGUGGCGAUCCUCGUAUGGUCCUUCCCGCCGAGAACCGAGGCAAAGUAGGCAACAUCGUGAGUAAGCAGGCGCCGCAGUUCAAGGAGUUGUAUCAGAGGCUGGUGGCAGGAUUGCCUGGAGUACAUUGGCCGCACGGAUCGGGAAGUGGCAGGAUAGAGCAGGAUACGAGUGUACAGACGAGGGCGGCACAUUUGAGGAAAUUGCCCAAGGAGUUAAACGCGAUGUUAAAGACGCAUUACUCGAGGGAGCUGGGAGACGUGGACGAUAGCACGUAUUGGGCGAAGGUGGCAGGAGACGAGAAGCUUCCGAUUGUUCUGAGGGAAGAAAUGAGCAACAUCGUUCGUUACCCGGCUACGAUACAGACAUUGAAAGGCAUAGUGAGCGGCGGUCUCGGGACCACACUCCGGUACACCUCAGAGAAAGUUGGAAAGUGGUGGAAGGGUUCUUCCCAGAAGCAGAUCCCACCGCCUUCAUCCUGAUCUAUCCGAGCCUUUGUCGUAUUGCAGAUACGAGUUGCGUUCAUAUUUUCUUGUACUUCGUGAUGCCUUAGAGCGUCGGAGCAGUGGACUAAUCUAUCAGUAAUUGCCUCCUUACAUUCAUUCGUUCAUCGUCUGCGUCGACGAUUUGUAGCAUUAUAUUAUAGUAUUCGUUAGUUGUAGAAGUCGCCCCCAACGCAUUAUAAAAUGCCAUGCC